AUCGGCAUCGGUGGAUUCAAAACUGCGCAUGCAGGAUGGCUGACCUUGAUGUCGCCUCCUACUGCAGGUCUUGGGUCCAGGGCACAGCAUGACGUUGUCGUGAAACGUCCAUUCUACAAGGUGUAUCCUAAGAGCACACCGGCCAGUUUGGAUUACAGAAUCGGACGCUUCGCACUUACGGAUGAGUUGCCUAAAUUAUUCAGGGAGGCGAAUGUCCUAUACUGGGCGAAGGCUCUAUUGGGCCUCGUCUACAAUGUUAUUGACCGUGCUGUGGCAGGUGCAUCUCAGCCUCCACCAUUCGACAUUCCCCGUGUGCGCUUUGUCGAAGCUGGUCUGGCACUAUCAUACUAUCAAGAUGGUAGCAAGCCUGCAUCAAAGGCUGCAUUGGCGCGUGCAGGUUUUCUCCUUGAAGAAGUUAUUGACAGCGGAGACGAGGAUUUCGUCAAAUAUAUUCAUAACAUGGACCCAAAUCCACUACUUGAU